UUGACAACACAGUGAGAAUUGCAUGUUACAGGCUUGGGAUAUCCCGGUGAUCGUUGUCUUUUUUCUCCUAUGAUACCGGAAGUUUCCCGAGUAUAAAGCACAUUAGGGUUUGGAUUUUCGUUUAACUAAAAUGUCUACUCCGGCAAGGAGGCGUUUAAUGAGAGAUUUCAGAAAACUACAAGAGGAUCCUCCAGCCGGUGUGAGCGGUGCGCCUUCAGAGAACAAUAUCAUGAUAUGGAAUGCUGUCAUAUUUGGGCCAGCAGACACACCUUUCGAAGACGGUACUUUCAAGUUGAAAAUCGAUUUCACAGAAGAAUACCCGAAUAAGCCCCCAACUGUCAAAUUUGUUACAAAGAUGUUUCACCCCAAUGUAUAUGCUGAUGGUGGUAUUUGUCUUGAUAUCCUUCAAAAUCGUUGGAGUCCGACUUACGACGUGUCUGCAAUAUUAACAUCUAUACAGUCAUUACUUGACGAGCCCAACCCCAAUAGUCCUGCCAACAGCCAGGCAGCCCAACUUUACCAAGAGAACAGACGGGAAUACGAGAAGAAAGUUGCCGCCAUAUGUGAACAAAGCUGGCUGGAUGACCAAUGACCCCACAUCCAUUCAUCGUCAUCACUCCCCCUUACAACUAAACUCCAAAUACAUGUAUUAGUCUAGUCCCAAUCCUUUGUUGAGCCCCUAGACCUCCAGAGCAGUCACCACGACUUCCUCCUAAUUCGAGAAGUAAAAGACAUUUUUCACAGGAGAGGAGAAUACACAUAGUUUGUUAUUUGUGUACAAAUUAAAUUCUGCCAAGAGGUUUUUGUGAUAGUUGAAGCAAGGACAGCUUUGACAGGAGCCAUUAAGUGCAGUGGAUGUAAAGGCUAAAGAAAAAGUAAAUUUACUUUACAGGGGUUUUGACAAGUGAUUUCUUUUUUUUUUCCCUUGCUUGUUUCGUCUUUUAUUAUGUAAUAUAUAUAGAAAUUAUGUCAUUUCUUGCAUAAAAUUGUGGAAGCCUAAGGUUCCUAGUAAUAAACGUGUAUUCGAUUGGCUGCAUUUAAUGUACUUGGGCAUAAGUUCUUAGCCUUCUGUUGUUGCAGCCCAAAUACCCAUCACCCAGAUCAAAGACUUUCGUUCCUUCAUUCAUUUACCUCACCCUUGACAGAUAUAGGAACAUCUUUGGUUCUUUGAAAAGUAUCUUUAACUCUUUUUGCCUUCCAGUUUAUCGCUAGCAUCCCAAGUCACUGGAAUGUAUUUUGUCAAAAGACUGGGGGGGUAUCGUUGAGUUCCUUGCAUACAUGUAUAAAUACAGACUAAGGUAACAUGUCACAGCACAUAAACACCACAGGCUUUGCAGUUCCUGGUAACUACAGACCUAUUUAUCAUUCAGUAGGAUAUUGUCAUUUUCACUCUUGUGAAUUUCAACUUCAAAAAAUGAUUUCUGUUAAAACUUCUGUUAAAAUGGGAUAGGUUAGUUCACACGGCUGUGCUUUUGGGAUGGUGGGUGCGGAAUUUAUGAUGGAUCAUGUGUAUUCAAAUUUGUGCAUGUGCUUUCAGAAACAAGGUAGUGUUCAGCCCCAUUCUUACUAACUCUUCCAAAGUGUUUGGGGCUGAAUAUCACCGCAUGGUGAUGGAUGUGCCAUAUUGAAGUGUAAAAAAUUUGCCACCAAAUUUUCAUGGUGUUGAAUCUGGUCAGGUAAGAGGUGUUGGAGUUAAACCCUUAUUAAAUCCAGAGAGAGACGCAAAUUAAUAUAGAGGCCUUGUUUGGUCGCCAUCUUGCAGGGCAGUUCUUUUUGUUCCACAGGGAAGCCUCUUUGCAUACCCUGUGAAACAUGCACUGGCCUGCAAGAUGACAGCCAUGCAAACCCUCUAUUGGGCUUUUUAGAAACUUAAUUUGGCACAGCCAAUCAAGGCAACAGCCUGCUGGGUCAGAUGGGCCAUGUAUACUCUACUAUGCCCAAAAUGUAACCACACAUGUUCUUGGACUGUAUUGGGAAAACUGCUAGAGCCAUACAUGUAUGCGGAUUUUGAUGUUUUUGCAGAAAAGAAUUCAUAACAGAACCUAGCUUCAAUUAGGUCCAUUUCUGCCUGCUUAAGGUUUGUUCCAGUGUUUGCCCCCCCCUGAGAUCAAUCUUCACUUACAUACUAAAGUAUGAAUAUCCCACUGGCUGUCUUAAAAUAAAAUGACACAUUGUUGUUUUUUAUUGUUUUAUUUCCCUCUUAAACUGUAAGACUGCAUCUGUAUUCCUAGUUCCAACUGGAAAAGCAUACCUAUGGGAAAUAACCAGUUCAUGGCAUCAUGCAUUUCUCAUCAACGCAUGUACUCUUUCCACCUAAAGCCACUCGGUAUUAGUUCUGUAUAAGUGACGUACAGAUCCUUGUCAUUUGAUUUUUUUUUUUUUACCAUAACCCCAAGGGUGUAUGUAAAAUCAUAUUGAAAUUUGAGGAUUGUUAGGGUUAACAAGUUUAAAGUGAUUUCAAAUCACUCAAAGGUUCUGUACAAAUUUUACGUACUCUCAAUUUUGAACAUAUUGAAUGUUUUCAGUGUUCCAGAAAUACCAAUCAUGGAAACAAUAUUUUUAAACAUCAGUUUUUCACAGGUUUUUGUGUCAUUCCUUCAAAUUAAUGCCCUUUUGUGUUUAGCAAUGGUGCAUCUGGCAUAAGUCAUACCACGCACAUACGACACUGUAGGAAAAAGAAUGAUUUUCACUGGACUAGUAAGUCCCAUUCACCAUGGGUGAAUGAGACAUUUGAGCUGUGUGUCAGUUAUAUAUUGAACACUGCAUCUGGAAAAGUGGGGUAAUAUUACUUCAAGACAACUGGUCGUUUUUCCUUAAAGCUGCCCAAACAUUCUUUUCUUUUUUUUUUUUUCAAAAAGAUGUUUCAUUCUCAAGUCACUUUUUCUUUACCUCACUAAGUGGCUUCCAUGUGUCAAAAAGGACAUACAUACUACGUACUUGCAAAAGGAAAGUUUCUUUUUUAUAGGAUUUUUUUUCUUUAUAACACAAUGUAGUCAUGAAGGACAGGAACUGUAAUAUUUUCAGUAACAGUUUGUUAGUAAUAUCUUAAUGUGUUAAUAGUUUUGACCGAGUAUGGAGCAUCUACAUGUAUGUGGAUGUUAGUGAUGAAAAUUAAAUCUAUCUAUCACCCUUAAAAAUAGUAGCAAUUUGAGAAGAACACUAAGCACAGGCAUUUCAGAAGCCUUCAAAAAUAAUUUAAUAGACUCAAAGAAAUUAUCUUCUGUAAAUUUUUUUGAUAUGUGUAUUACAAAUUUGAAAGAGUGAAUCAGUGUACAUCUUGCCUGGCUUCAACAUAGAGCAACAAAAUGUACAAAUAUAAAAUGUUAAAAUAAUUAUGAUUUUUCUACCCAGGCCUCCUGCGGAAAUUAGAUGUGGUGUUGUUGCUUUGUUAAAUGUAAAGGAAAAUAGAAUCCAAGUGACUUUUUGGUUUGUAAA